AUGCUACUCCUUGGGCUGCUGCUGCUGCUGAUCCUGCUGGCCGGCGCCCGCCUGCUGUGGGGCCAGUGGAAGCUCAGGAGCCUCCACCUCCCGCCUCUUGUCCCUGGCUUCCUGCACCUGCUGCAGCCCAACCUCCCCAUCUAUCUUCUUGGCCUGACUCAGAAACUCGGGCCUAUCUACAGGCUCCGCCUGGGGCUGCAAGAUGUGGUGGUGCUGAACUCUAAGAGGACCAUUGAAGAGGCCAUGGUCAGGAAGUGGGUGGACUUUGCCGGCAGACCCCAGCUACCAUCCUACAAGCUGGUGUCUUGGCACGAUCAGGAUCUCUCACUAGGGGACUAUUCCCUGCUCUGGAAGGCCCACAAGAAGCUCACCCACAGAGCCCUGCUGCUGGGCAUCCGCAACUCCAUGGAGCCCCUGGUGGAACAGCUGACCCAGGAGUUCUGCGAGCGCAUGAGAGCCCAGGCCGGCGCCCCUGUGGCCAUCCAGAAAGAAUUCUCUUUCCUCACCUGCAGCAUCAUCUGUUACCUCACCUUUGGAGACAAGGAGGACACCUUAGUACAUGCCUUUCACAACUGUGUCCAGGACUUGAUGAAAACCUGGGAACACUGGUCCAUCCAAGUUUUGAACAUCAUUCCCUUUCUCAGGUUCUUCCCCAACCCAGGCCUCUGGAGACUGAAGCAGGCCAUGGAGAACAGGGACCACAUCGUAGAGAAGCAGCUGAGGUGGCACAAGGAGAGCAUGGUGGCAGGCCGGUGGAGGGACAUGACAGACUACAUGCUCCAAGCGGUGGGCAGGCCGACAGUGGAAGAGGGCCGUGGACAGCUCCUCGAAGGGCACGUGCAUAUGUCUGUGGUGGACCUUUUCAUCGGUGGCACCGAGACCACUGCAAGCACCCUCUCCUGGGCUGUGGCAUUCUUGCUUCACCACCCUGAGAUUCAGCAGCGACUACAAGACGAGCUGGAUCGUGAGCUGGGCCCCAGAGCCUUGGGCUUCCGAGUCCCAUACAAGGACCGCGCACGGCUGCCCUUGCUCAACGCCACCAUCGCCGAGGUGCUGCGCCUGCGGCCUGUUGUGCCCCUGGCUUUGCCGCACCGCACCACGCGGCCUACCAGCAUCUUCGGCUACGACAUUCCCAAGGGCACGGUGAUCAUCCCCAACCUCCAAGGCGCCCACCUGGACGAGACAGUCUGGGAGCAGCCACACGAGUUCCGGCCGGACCGCUUCCUGUACCCCGGCGCCAGCCCCAGAGCGCUCACCUUUGGCUGCGGGGCGCGCGUGUGCCUGGGCGAGCCGCUGGCGCGCCUCGAGCUCUUCGUGGUGCUGGCGCGCCUGCUCCAGGCCUUCACGCUGCUGCCGCCCGAGGGCGCCCUGCCCUCUCUGCAGCCCCAGCCCCACUGCGGCGUCAACCUCACCAUGCAGCCUUUCCAGGUGCGGCUGCAGCCCCGGGGGACGGGGACCCUGGGCCAGGGCCAGCGCCAGUGA